CGAGCUAGUCCCUGGAAGAGGUGAUUUUCAAAACUAAUCAUGAAAACCUUUGUCAUUGGAAUUGGAGGUGUCACAAAUGGUGGGAAGACAACUCUGGCUAAGAAGUUGCAGAAACACCUCCCAAAUUGCAGUGUCAUAUCUCAAGAUGAUUUUUUUAAGCCAGAGUCUGAGAUAGAAAAAGAUAAAAAUGGAUUUCUGCAGUAUGGGCCCCUUAACAGAAUAUGGAAUAGAAGCUAUUUUCUGACCAUUCCAUAUGAAGAAUGUAAGAGGAGGAGGAGUACAAGAAUUUAUGAGCCUCCAGACAUCCCAGGAUACUUUGAUGGCCAUGUGUGGCCUAUGUAUCUGAAGCACAAACAGGAGAUGGAGCACCUUCCCUUGGAAAUUGUUUAUCUAGAUGGAACAAAAUCUGAAGAGGACCUCUUUUCACAAGUUUAUGAAGAUCUGACACAAGAACUCUCAAAGCAAAAUUGUUCAGUGCUCCUAUCAAAGUGACGGUAAAAGAGUAGCCAUAAAACUAGUUUGUUACAUAGCCAAGAAUGGCAUAUAAGAGGGCUAAUGUAGGAUGAAUUGUUUCCAUUUAUUAGUUGCUUUAAAAAUAAUUUCAAAUUAGAGGUUCUGAUGGCUCCAGACAUUAAUUAUUUUGUUUUAUGGUUAAGGGUGAAAAU